AUGGCCGACCAGAACGAGGUGGAUCUAGACUCUGUCAUCGAUCGUCUUCUAGAAGUGAGAGGCAGUAGGCCUGGAAAGCAAGUGCAGCUGCUCGAGGCCGAGAUUCGGUACCUGUGCACAAAGGCUCGGGAAAUCUUCAUCUCACAGCCUAUACUGCUGGAGUUGGAGGCUCCAAUCAAGAUCUGUGGCGAUAUACACGGUCAAUACUACGAUCUUCUCCGAUUGUUCGAAUACGGCGGCUUCCCUCCCGAAGCAAACUACCUGUUCCUGGGUGAUUACGUGGACCGAGGCAAGCAGUCCCUGGAGACGAUCUGCUUGCUAUUGGCGUACAAGAUCAAGUAUCCGGAGAAUUUCUUUGUGCUCCGUGGCAAUCACGAGUGCGCGUCGAUCAAUCGAAUCUAUGGCUUCUACGACGAGUGUAAGCGCCGUUAUAAUAUCAAGCUCUGGAAGACCUUCACAGAUUGCUUCAACUGCUUGCCAAUUGCCGCAAUCAUCGACGAGAAGAUCUUCACGAUGCAUGGAGGCUUGAGUCCCGACCUGAACUCUAUGGAACAGAUUCGUCGCGUCAUGCGCCCGACAGAUAUUCCCGAUUGCGGACUGCUGUGCGAUCUGCUCUGGUCGGACCCGGACAAGGACAUCACCGGCUGGAGCGAGAAUGACCGAGGUGUUUCCUUCACCUUUGGUCCGGAUGUUGUAUCCAGAUUCUUGCAAAAACAUGACAUGGACCUCAUCUGCCGUGCGCAUCAAGUGGUGGAAGAUGGUUACGAGUUCUUCUCCAAACGACAAUUGGUGACGCUAUUCAGCGCCCCCAACUACUGCGGCGAAUUCGACAACGCCGGUGCCAUGAUGAGUGUAGACGAAAGUCUACUCUGCUCCUUCCAGAUACUCAAACCAGCAGAGAAGAAACAAAAGUAUGUGUAUGGCUCCAAGAGCUCAGGCAGGGCCACCACUCCGCCUCGCAAAUCCAAAGCCUAG